AUGUUAGAAAACACAGUCUUUGGUUCUCUCCUCCCUUGCUCCACACCAGAAAAUCGAUCGACUGUUUGGAAUCCUUCUCAUCGGCGAGGCAGGCGGUCGUCUUCUCAGGUUCUUCCUAGAGAAGGCUGCUGCUCUAGCACUUUAUCUUCUUAUGAAGAAGAAGAUGUUGGUUCCAGUAUGGAGGGAAGAAAGCACGAGGAAAAUGGAUCAAGCAUGGAGGGUAUAAUAGAGGAGACACUGGCACCGGGUGAAAACACAGUUAAGCCAGUUAAUGAGGCUUCUGCUUGGUCCAUGAGAUUGAUUGCACUGCAGUUGUCAACUGGUCAUAGCACCAGCAUUGAAGAAAUGGAGGAAGCAGAGUAUGUGUUUGAUUCAAAGACCAUACAAAGAAUGGAGCUUUUGGUGUUAUCGACACUGCAAUGGAGAAUGAAACAGGUAACACCAAUUUCUUUCUUCGAUCAUAUCACAAGGAGACUUGGAUUAAAGACCCAUUUGCAUUGGGAGUUCCUUUGUAGGUGUGAGCGUUUGCUUCUCUUCCUCAUAACUGAUUCAAGAUUCAUGCUUUAUGUUCCUUCUAUCUUAGCUGCUGCAACAAUGUUGCAUGUUGUUAAAGAGGUUGAACCAUGCCAUUAUCUUGAAUAUCAGAAACAGCUCGUUGGAGUGCUCAAGAUAUGCGAGGAUAAAGUAAAUGCCUGCUAUGAGCUCAUCUCAGAGUUACUGGAAAGGCAGUACAAAGGAAACCUAGGCAACAAAAGGAAGCAUAGAUCAAUACCGAGCAGCCCUAGUGGUGUCAUCGACGUGUCUUUCAGCUGUGAUAGCUCGGAUGGUUUGUGGGUUGUGAGUUGUGACAUCUUCAGUCUCUUCAUCACCACAGCCACUGUUUCACAAAAUCGUCUGUUUGUGGAUGUGCUUAGUAGCCAUCGAUAA